AUGGUGCCCUCACAACAAGACCUCUUUUGCUCGUCGCGCCAUAUAGAUUCUAUUCUUCCCGAUGAGUCUCUUUUACUCCCGCGCCUUCUUUGCCUUCACGGCGGUGGCACCAAUGCACUCAUCUUUCAUGCUCAAUGCCGCGCAAUACGAGCCCGCCUCGACAGGACAUUUCGAUUUGUUUUCAUAAAUGCACCCUACUUUAGUCAUCCCGGACCAGACGUUGAAUCUGUUUAUGCUGAAUGGAUUCCGUUUCGUAGCUGGAAACGACCCGGGUAUGUCUUUGACAACGAUGCGUCUCAGUUCUCUUUUACAGAUAAUGAAGAGAUUGAGAAGAUCGACCAGUGUCUCGCUGUAGCUAUGAAGAAAGAUGAUGAGGCUGGAGCCACGGGUCCUUGGGUUGGUCUCUUGGGUUUCAGUCAAGGUGCCAACAUGGCAGCCAGCUUGCUGCGGAGACAACAGAUCCGGAAGCCAGAUGCCAAUCUGGGAACACCGACCGCAGCUGUGUUGGAGGCGAACUUCCGCUUUGCCGUACUAAUGGCAGGCUGCGGGCCAUUGCUAUGGAUGCGGUCUGAUGUAACGGGUGACGAGCUUGAGUAUGAAAAGUCCGAGCGUCUCUGUUUGCCAACCCUCCAUGUCCAUGGAUUACGGGAUGAGAGAAUAGCUAAGCACAGGGAGCUAGUUGAGUUUUGCCGAGUAGAUACCGCCCGGGUGCUUGAGUGGGAUGGAGAUCAUCGUAUACCAAUCAAGUCGGCAGAUGUGGCGGAAUUAGUUGAUGGGAUUAUAUUGACUGCUCAGAAAACAGGAGUAUUUCUAAAGUAG